AUGGAGGGCGAGGAGGAGCGGUGCCCGGCGGACCCCACCCCCAUGGACUUCUCGUGGACCAACGACUGGGAGAAGAGGGCCUGCGACGGCGCCGGCGACGGCGACGAGGCGGAGUCGGCGCCCGCGCCGCCAGCCCCCACGCCGCAGGAGGUGGCGGAGUCCAUGGUCCUGGUGCCCGGGCCGCGCGUCGUUCUUUCCGGGCUCACGCGGGGCGACUGCCGCGCAGAUGACUCCGUGCUGGUCAUUAAUGCCGGUGGCACUGCUAUUGAAGGAUGUGAACCCCCUUCAAAGUUUUCUGGGGAUUCUUUCUUUGAAGGAGGCGAUGCAAUAGAGACAUCUGAAAAUAUAGUUGAUGGUGGUGACUAUCCUUCGCUUUACCACUCAGCUCGAUAUGGAAAUUUCAGCUACAAGUUCGAUGGUCUUGCUCCUGGAGACUAUUUUCUAGAUCUGCAUUUUGCUGAGAUAGUCAACACUUAUGGGCCAAAAGGAAUUAGAGCAUUUGAUGUCCUUGUGCAAGAAGAAAAGAUUUUGUCUGAACUUGAUGUAUAUGCCGUGGUUGGGGGUAACAGGCCCCUUCAGGUGCGUGAUAUUAGGGUUACAGUUGAGAGCGAUGGCACCAUUAUCGUAAAUUUCAAAGGAGUAAGGGGAAGUCCCAUGGUUUGCGGCAUCUGUAUUAGAAAAGUUGCAGCAUUUGCAGUGGCAAACUUAGUCGCAGAAGGGAAUGCCCUGUGCAAAAGAUGUUCAGGUCAUGUUGGGAAUUCACCUAUACAGACCAGGACAAGUAAAUUAAUCUCGAAGUAUGAGAAGCAGAUCGAAGAGCUAACCAACCAGUGCAACAUGAAAUCUGAUGAGUGUUACAUGGCGUGGUCUUCAGUGGAAUCUACCAAUCAGGAGCUUGAGAGACUUAAGAUAGAGCUUCACCAGAAGGUCGUUCGAAGUGAUAAUAUUGAACAAGUCCUUGAUAGUCAAGCUGAUCAGCUAAGAAAUGUUUCCCAGAAGUAUGAAAAUGCCAAGAAAUUAUGGGCUGCUGCCAUAUCUAAUUUGGAAAAUAAAAUUAAGUCCAUGAAAAAAGAGCAAGCAUUGUUGUCUCUUGAAGCACAUGACUGUGCGAAUGCAGUUCCUGAUCUGAGUAAGAUGAUCGGUGCUGUUCAGGCCUUAGUGGCACAGUGUGAAGAUCUGAAACUGAAGUACUAUGAAGAGAUGACCAAGAGAAAGAAACUUCAUAAUAUUGUUCAGGAGACCAAAGGAAAUAUCAGGGUUUUCUGUCGGUGCCGCCCAUUAAGUAAAGAUGAGACAUCAUCUGGUUAUAAAUGUGCAGUGGAUUUUGAUGGAGCAAAAGAUGGUGACAUUGCGGUUGUUACUGGUGGAACAGCUAAGAAGUCAUUCAAGUUUGACAGAGUGUACAUGCCAACAGACAAUCAAGCUGAUGUGUAUGCCGAUGCAUCUCCACUGGUCACUUCAGUCCUGGAUGGCUACAAUGUGUGCAUAUUUGCCUACGGACAAACAGGAACAGGGAAGACCUUCACCAUGGAAGGGACUGAAAGGAACAGGGGAGUAAAUUACAGAACUCUGGAAGAGUUGUUCAAAAUUGCAGAAGAGAGAAAAGAGACUGUCACAUACAACCUAUCUGUCAGUGUGCUUGAGGUCUACAAUGAACAAAUCAGAGACCUGCUCGCAUCAUCCCCUUCGUCUAAGAAGUUGGAAAUCAAGCAGGCAGGUGAAGGAUCACAUCAUGUUCCUGGCAUUGUGGAGGCCAAAGUUGAGAACAUCAAGGAGGUUUGGGAUGUCUUGCAAGCUGGAAGUAAUGCAAGGGCUGUAGGGUCAAAUAAUGUGAAUGAGCACAGCAGUCGCUCACACUGUAUGCUUUGCAUUAUGGUGAGAGCGAAGAACCUGAUGAAUGGAGAAUGUACAAGAAGUAAGCUUUGGCUUGUAGAUUUGGCUGGAAGUGAAAGAUUAGCCAAGACUGACGUGCAAGGUGAAAGGCUUAAGGAAGCGCAAAACAUUAACAGAUCACUGUCUGCAUUGGGUGAUGUGAUUUCGGCGCUUGCCACAAAAAAUUCCCACAUUCCCUACAGGAAUUCGAAGUUGACACACCUGCUGCAAGAUUCUCUAGGAGGGGACUCAAAAGCAUUAAUGUUUGUGCAAAUUAGCCCAUCUGACAAUGAUGUAUCAGAAACUUUGAGCUCAUUAAACUUUGCAAGUCGUGUUCGUCGUAUAGAAUUAGGUCCAGCAAAGAGACAGGUUGACACUGCCGAACUUCAAAAGGUCAAACAAAUGCUUGAAAGGGCUAGACAAGAAGUCAGGCUUAAGGAUGAUUCCUUGAGAAAGUUGGAAGAUAACUGCCAAAGCCUAGAGAAUAAAGCCAAAGGGAAAGAACAACUUUACAAAAAUUUACAAGAAAAGGUAAAAGAGCUUGAAAACCAGCUGGAUUCUAAGAUGCAUUCUCAAAUUACAUCAGAGAAACAGCAGAAUCAGCUUUCUGGAAAGCUAAAGGAGACAGAAGAAAUGUGUGCUACCCUUCAACAGAAGAUAGCGGAGUUAGAGCGCAAACUUAAGCUCCAGCAGCAAUCAGAAUCUGAGGUUGCAGUUCUUAAGCAGACGAUUGUGGAGCUGGAGAUCAGGUUGAGGGAACAAGAAGACCAGCGAUCAGUUGCCGAAUCAAAGGCAAUGGAAAUAGGACAAGAGCUCCUGGAAACACAGAGAACAGAGGCUGUGCUUCAGAUCAAGCUAAGAGAACUUGAGAAUGCCCUGCAAGAAAGGACGACAAUUCUAGAUACAAAGAUGAUACAUGACUCAACCAAUUGUAUGCAAGUUGCUAGUACUCCUGGAGAGGCAAAGGCGCAGCUGCUCACAAGAGAGGAAGCAAUGAGCGAGAAGGAGCAUCACAUUCUGAGAAGCUCGGAUUCUGUGAACAAAAGAGUCACCAACAACUCUUCCGUUGUUGGGGCCCCAGAAGUUGUUAAUGAGAAGAAGAGAAAAGGAGAUGCGAGGAAUCCAUCGAUUGGUGGGGAGUUGGAGAACCAGCCUGUAGCUGCAAGGAAGCGGAGCCUACAAGGAGACACAAGGUUGAAGAGAAAAUCGACCGAGCCUCUGGCAAAGAACACAGGACGGACAACGGCAACCUCAAAGACGGCCACUGCUACACACAAGAUGGCUCCGACUACCAGAGCCACCACCAGGCAGCAACCAGCCAACAAGACGAGAGGGUGGGUUAGGUAGUCUGCUGCUUAUGAACCUGACAUGCGUUCAUGAAGUGUUGUAGAUGCCAUUGUACCCAGUAUGGCUUGUAUUGUAUGAGGCUCGUACUUUUAGCUCAGUCCCGCUGCGUCCUUCGCAGUGGAUACUUUAGUAGCCUAGUAGGGCGCGCAUGUAAUUUGGAGUGCUGCGCUCCUGUGUUAUCUAUUGCUGACUAUCUUACAGAUUCAAUAGGAAUCGCACGGUUGAGUGCGUUAUUAACCGAUAUGGAGUUAUUUUGUGAUGGAACUAGUACCAUUCUGUGUUGUUUCAAUUGCGUUGACCGUUGUUCGUACCU